UCUCAGCGAGACGUCAUCACCAGGCUUUCUUUUCUAGUGGUCUGCGUCUGCUGCAGUUUAGUCAGAGUCAGUCAUCUAGAUUUAUUUUUCCCCCGCAGUCUCCAGAGACAUAGACAUUUACACACAAUGCCUGGACCCGCAGCUAGUGCAACAAAUGUUGGUGCCUCCAGCCGUUCCCCCAGUAAGACGGUGGCUCCCCGCACCGCUGGUACCUCAGCCAGGCAAAGGAAAGCCACAAGCAGCGGAGCGCGCAGCGGAGGCAGAUCCACAGCUUCUGCAGGCACAGGAGGAAUAUGGCGCUUUUACACUGAAGACUCACCAGGGCUUAAAGUUGGCCCAGUUCCAGUUUUGGUGAUGAGUCUGUUGUUUAUCGCAUCUGUCUUCAUGCUGCACAUCUGGGGAAAAUACACCCGAUCCUAAGCCUGCAUGACCUCCGGACUCCACCCCGAAGCCUGACACAAAAUCUUAAGUCUUUGGACUUGGACCAAACUCUGACCAUCAAUCCCUUUUCCUUUUAUAAAAACCUCCAUUUCAAGGGGUUUCACCCCAGAAGAGCUUACCCAGCCACUACAAACAUUUGGAAAUUAAAAAAAAAAAAAAAACACACACCUUUUUUUUUUUUUUUUUUUUUUUUUUUCAGAGCAGGACUUUUUUUUUGUUAAACAUUUGUACAAACUAACAUGUAAAAUUGUACAAUAAAAUGCUGUAAAAUGUU